AUGCUCAUCGACAAGGCACAACAGCAGAGCAAUGGGCUGGACUCCAAUGGAUUCAGGGUGAAUGAGAAACUCCACAGUGACCGGUCGAAGACCAAACAAGACUUUGAAUCGACGCUGCCCCCUCUGUCCGACUCCAAGAACCUUUUGCUGCGGAAGGAUAUGCUGGAAGCAUGGGAGAAGGCAGAAUGGUCACAACGCGAAGCCCAGAUUCAGGCACUCCAAGAGGAGCAGCUGCAAGCCUUCCAAGCUGAGAUGGUCGCUCAAGAUGGCAGGGCAGAGCAAAGGAUUUCGCAGCGUUUGCUGAGCCGCCAGAGGAGCAGUGGCUCAGGGGCCCGCAAUGGGCGCGCUCAAUGGAGCGCUCAGGCCCUGUCCAAGGGGCAGAGUGGGGGGAGCAGUGGGUCCAAGGGGCAAACAUUGACCCCAUUGGAGGACUUUGUCCAGAGCAACAUGCCCCUGCAGGGUCGCAGCCUCUUCAAGAGGCCCUCACUGGACCUAAAGAGCAUGGAGCCGGCUGCGCAGCUGAACAAGACGCAAACCGCCGCUGAGGGCCUGCUUCACGGCAGUAGCGCACGGCGCGGUGGCUCGCCGGAUAACAUCGCGGCGUACCGGCCCCGGGAAAGCCGCACGACUGUGCGCAAGGACAUGGCCUACGCGCAGCACCUCGAAACUGUUCACAGGGCACUCAUGGAGGAGAAGGCUGCUGCCGCCAGGCAGGAGGCCGGCAUCAGGGAUCACCCCCUGACAGACGUGGCCACUCCUGCCGACUCCCAGCCGCCGUCCUGUGCUGAGCUGCCGGCUGCAACCGUGGAUUUUGGUUCUGCCCAAGUGCUGGUGCUUGACAGCCGGGGCAGCACUGCAGAAGGCUGGCUGACUGCGCCAGAGAGCGCCCGUGACCCAAUCAUGGACGCCUCAGAGCUGGCAGGCGACACUCAUGCUGAUGGACUUGGGGAGAUCCAAAUCCCUCAGAUGCCUGGCAUGGCAGAAGACCAGCCACAGGGCCGAGGUACCCCUGACUUAAGUCUUAGCACAAGGGAGGCUCCAGCAGAGGAGGAAUUUGCAGUGGAGGAGGCUAUGCUAGAGGAGGCUGCAGAGGCAGCGGAUGAAAUUGGUGGGAUCCAAGGGAUCAGCGAGGACAUCAGCAGCAUCCUGGAGGAUUUGGUCGAGCAUGCAGAAGGCUCAGAGGAGCUGCAAGGCACUGCUGGCGAAGCGCAUGAUGAGACUGCCCCUGAGGCCGAGGUUCCCGGUGCAGGGCAGUGGGACUCGGCUCUCGAGGCAGCGCAGCCGGCUGCCGCCAGGGAAGGGUCAGCCUACGCUGCGGGCCAAAGCGAGCUGCUGCUUUCUCAAGAGGAGGAGAAUAUCAAGUUUGGAAGUGGUGAUGCGGCUGUGAUGGGGCCUUCUGUGGAAGAGGCCGAAGCAGAUCUGUUGGCUCCCAACGGCGCUGACGGCGAGGGAGCUAGCCUGGCAAUCGCGGCUACAGAUGUGGAUGCGCUUGUUUUGGCCCCCAGCGAGGGUGAAGAUGCCAGGCCCGCCACAGCAGUCAGCGCCACAGUGGAGAGCAUCGGUGAGGAGGCAGCCAGGAACGAGCCAGGAGAGCAGGAGGGUGACAAAGGGGACAAUGCUGACAAGGAUUCCAGGAUUAAGGAGGUAUUGAUGGAAAUCGAGGGAGAUGCGCCCACACUGGACAUGCUGAUCAGUCUGCGCCACAGCAAGAGCAUCCUGGCUGCAGCUGGCAUGGAAGGGCUACUGCUGACAGAUAUUACUGAUGUCAGUCCAGUCAGGCCGGGCACAGCCGUCAGUCAGACUGUCGACGAGCUUGUGGUUGCAGUCGAAGCAGACUUCAUAGCGACAACAAUAUUUGCAGCGCCAGAGACAGACAUUCAAAACACAGUGGAUCAGAUCAGCCCGGCUGCCGCUGUUCGGGAAGAGGACUUGGCUAUUCAAUCUCCCAGAGCCGACACUUCUGCGGACAUUGCAGCAGUUGAGGGCAGUCAAGAGAUCCAGGCAUCCGCUGCCCUGCAUGACGACUCUGCCACCCUCUUGCAUGCGCCUGAGACUCCCAUUAAGGAAAGGGAUGAUAUCAUCAGCAGCAAGGAGGGGCACUUUGCCCACCACUGGGAAGAGUCUGAUGUCCGAAUGGGGAGGGCUGGAUCAGAGGGGGAAGCAAGCCUGCUGAUGCAGACGGAUGCCGGCCCCAAGCUUUCUGCCAUCGGCAGUGAGGCAAGCGCGAAUGCUGACGAGGCAGAAGAAGCCGCAAUUGCAAAGCUUGACAAUAUGCUCUUCGGAGCUGCAUGGAAUGGUGCAUCUGAGGAGGAGCAGAGCAUUAAUGCAUGUGUGGCAGAGUGCGUUGACGGGCUCGUCAAUUAUGCCGCCGCACAUUACUGA